CCUCUCUCUGCCCUUCUCCACUACCACUGAGCCACUACUAGCUAUCCUAGUAAGAGAGAGAAAAGAAGAACAACAAGAAGAAGAACACUGUCAGAUACACCUAUCUAGCAUUGGCACUGCAAGAUGGCUCUGAGGCUGUGGGCUAGCUCAGCUGCCAAUGCCCUCAAGAUCUCAGGAACUGGAGCCAGGGCUGCUGCCCCUGCCUUCUCCAUCUCCAGAUACUUCUCCACUGUUCUUGAUGGGUUAAAGUACACAUCCUCCCAUGAGUGGGUCAAGAAUGAGGGCGCCGUGGCCACAGUUGGCAUCACUGACCAUGCCCAGGGUCACCUUGGAGAGGUGGUGUUCGUGGAGCUGCCGGAUCCCGGCACGAAAGUCUCCGCGGGAGGAUCCUUCGGCAACGUGGAGAGUGUGAAGGCCACCAGCGAUGUGAACUCCCCCAUCUCCGGCGAGGUCGUCGAGGUUAACUCGAAGCUGUCGGAGACGCCCGGCCUGAUCAACACGAGCCCGUAUGAGGACGGGUGGAUGAUCAAGGUGAAGCCGAGCAGCCCGGCGGAGGCGGACGGCCUGCUGGACGCGGCCAAGUACACCAAGCACUGCGAGGAGGAAGACGCUCACUAGAGCACAGUGUUUUUGGUUGAUCCAUCAGUCAUUUUUGCUCUGUUGCAAAAACUCAACCUACCGUCCAUCUGCAGUAACCAAACCUCAGCUUUUCUCA